UGUCGUCGUCGUCGCCGACUUGUCGCUGCUGCUCGCUCGGUUCGGUUUGGUUUGGUUUGCUGCUCCCCACUGAGCAGUCCGUAAAGCUACACACAUAAAAAGAAAAGUAAGCGACAAGUCGCGCAACUUAUCACGUAAAAUCGUAAAAAAAAAAAAACGCCCGCGUGUUGUACAAAUGUUAAAUCUUUGAUAGCUCAAUAGUGUGAUUCAUGCAGAAAAUAAAAUUAAUUUAAAGCUGCAUUCGAACAUAUAAAACGUGGCGUCUUCUCAAGGCUGUUCAAUUGGCCUUGUGCACUUGCAAAAAAAAAAUAAGCAUAAAGAAAAACAACAACAAAAGGUAUGAAAGCAACACGCUGCGCUGCUUGCUGACUGGCCAUCAACGGAAUUGCGUCAAAAUUACGUAGCCUCUUACGUUUUCUCUGUUCGCACUCACUCUCUGCGUUGAUUCUCUUUUUCUCUCGCGCGCGCUCACCAAUACGCUUGCGAGUCUUUGCCGGCGACGACGACUCCAUUCUCCAUUCACACUACGCAGUAUAUACAAACAUACAUAAACAUACACACACACAAACACAGACAAAUGUUCAUAUGAACAUUUAGUCAGAAAAGAGAGUGAGGGCUGGCUUGCUAUGAGGGUACAUGUGUCCAACAUGCAAUCUUGGCAACAUUUGCGUUUACGUCGUGGCCAAUGAAGUUCGUUUAGCUCGCCGCCGCAUAAAAUGUGAAAAGUACCGAUAAAAUUAGAUGAAAAAUACAAGAACUGCACACAAACACAAUCAAAGACAAUAGCAACUAAUUAAGAACAAAAACGCAAAUAAACAACAACAAUUAUGUGAUAUAUACAAAUAAAUACAUGCAUAAGUACACAUCUCUAUACAAGCAUACAAACGUAUGUGUGUAUAUGUAAAUAAAUUUUUACUUAACUGCUGACGUCACACGUUAACAGAAAAAAAUAUAAUACUACAAGAGUGAACAAGGAGGAAAAGAUUUUGCGCGAAAAUUUGUAAAUAAUUUUAAAUUAAAGUAACUACACAUAUAACUAACUAUGUGUAUGUAUAAAUAUGAAACGUGUGUGAUUAAAUGAUCGCGGCCGAAGCAGCGGCGAUAACAACAACAACAACUACUACAAUAAAACUUAAGCAGCAGCGGCGACGACGACGGCAGAAGCAGCAGCAGAGCAGAAACAGCGGGCAUUUGAUUUUCAGUGCUUUACAGAGCAGAGCUGGCUUCGCGUAUGUACAAAGAGUGUAACGUAAAAAUGCAAAGAAAUUCCAAUUUAUAUGUGAAGAAUCCCUAGGUGCUAAUUUAGUUGAUAAGCGCAAACAAAAAGUACAAUAAAAAGCAAACAAAAAACAAACCAACAAAUUAAACUUAUACACAUCAGGAAAAUAUAUUGCUUAGAACUAGGUGGCAACUUUGUAUAAAAUAUUACAAGCUCUGGAAAGUAUGCUACACAAAAGUCAAAAAGAACGCCGCGCUGCUGCCAGGCCAACGUAGCACAAACACAACAACAGCAACAACAAGAGAAGAGAAGAGAGAGCGCGUGUGAAGAGAGCAAAGAUUGAGCGAGAGCGCGCGCGCGGGCCGAAGCAACAAAGAACUAUUUUUGUACAAUUGCAGGCAGCGCGUAUGCGAAAUGUCGAGAUAUCUUAUAACCACCGCCGCGCCCAACAGCAACACCAACAACAGCAGCAGCAACAGCACACAACGUCAGCAGCAAAUCUAUGGCGGCAGCGGCGGUGGCGUCUCGCAGACGGUACGCAAGCUCAACUAUGAGCUUUUGGGCAACAAUAACAACAACAACAACAAUAAUAAUAAUAAUAUGGUGAUCAAAAAUGAAAAGUUGCUGGACAUUGAUUACGAUAACAGCAGCGAUAACCCGAAUGUUGCUGCACAUCUGCAAGAUCAUGUGUAUAUAAGUCUGAAUAAGUGUGGAGUUGCAAAGACCACAACAACAAUUGCAGCUGCUGCAGAUGCAACACAACAACAACAGCAGCAGCAACAACGUAAUGGAGUUGCAAGCAAAUCGAAUGAUAUAACGCAAUACUACAAGGUCAAGCGUCGGCCACAUGGCAACACCCACGAGAUCCAUCCCAAGAAGCAGGCCAAGCAGAGCGUGCAACAUCAAACAGUUACCUACAACAGCAAGGCACAACAGCAAACGCGUCAGCACCAGCAGAAUCAUCAUCAGUAUGAUGAUGAUGAGGAUGAUGAAGAUCGCGAGACCAGCAAACCACCGGCCGGCAUUGGCUCGCAGUUUGCGUCGCAGCAGCAGCAGCAACAACAACAGCAGCAGCAAUCGUCGUCGUCUACAACAGCGACAAGGCAUUCGAAUGCUUUAGUCUUAUCGUCGGCAGUCUCGAGUGGCGGCAGCACCACUGGUGGUGGCGGUGGUGGUGGUGAUCGCAAUCGCGCGGAUACUUCGCUUGGCAUAUUGACCAAAAAGUUUGUGGAUCUGUUGCAAGAGUCACCGGAUGGUGUUGUCGAUCUGAAUGAAGCCUCGAAUCGCUUGUCCGUGCAAAAGCGUCGCAUCUAUGACAUUACCAACGUGCUCGAGGGCAUUGGCAUCUUGGAGAAGAAGUCCAAGAACAAUAUACAAUGGCGUGGCGGUCAGUCUUUGGUCAGCAGCGAACGCUCGCGCGACAUUGAGGCCGAGAAUGAGCGACUGGAGCAGCACGAGAAUGAGCUCAAUAUGCUGCUCGAUCAGAUGCGCGCCCAGCUGGCCGGCAUAUCGCAGGAGGUGGACAACAUGGGCAACAUGGCCUAUGUAACGCAGAAUGAUCUAUUGAAUGUGGAUCUGUUUAAAGAUCAGAUUGUCAUACUGAUCAAGGCGCCACCAGAGGCUAAGCUUGUGUUGCCCAAUACAAGUUUGCCGCGCGAGAUUUAUGUAAAGGCGGAGAACAGCGGCGAAAUCAACGUGUUUCUAUGCCACGACAAUUCGCCGGAGAAUUCGCCGAUUGCGCCUGGCUCAGGUUAUGCGGUUGCGCCCGCGGCUAGCAGCGGACUGCGUACGGCGACAUCGACGCGUCUGCAUCAUUUGACCAAUCAGCGACUCAACGAUCCGCUCUUUAAUAACAUUGAUGCCAUAAGCGCCAAGAGUCUAGGUCACUCAACAUAUCGCCCGUCGGCGCAGCGUAACCUUAGCAAGUCAAUUGAGGAAGCGGCCAAGCAAACGCAGCCUCAAUAUAAUAACAUUUGUGAUAUUGGAAAUGUCAAAUAUGAACUGACCUCGCCACAACAGCAGCAGCAGCAGUCGACAACCACGUCCACGACGGCAACGACAACCAAUGCUGGUGAUGACGACGUGGAUGAUGAGUUGAAUCAUUUAGUGCCGACGCUGACCAGCCCAGUGGUGCGGAGCAGCCAACCAUAUAGCAUCCAACAGCUUUAUAGCACCCUAACACAAUCCUCGCCCUCACCCACGUCUACGUCCACGCCCAUGUUGGCGACGCGGCGUCGUGUGACGAAUGUGGAAAACAGCACAACUACGCUUAAUAGUCAUAGCAGCAGCAGCAGCAACAACAACAAUACACAAUCCCUACCCUCCAGUAACAGCAACAACAACUACAACCAACGCAGCGAUGUGUCCAUGUACAGCUGUUCCAUGGCAGAUGCAGCAACAACAGCAACGCAUGCUGUUAACAGUAACAGCAACAGCGGCAAUACGAAUAAUAACAGCAGCAGCAGCGGCGGCGGCGGUAGCAGCUCAGCCAUGGGCUCGCUGCAAAUGCAAUUCGCCGCGGUGGCGAACAAUAGAUACGAAUUGCCGUCAAAUUAUGGCAACAUUUCUGGCGCUGGCGCCACUGUUGAUCAGCAACAAGCAUCUGGCAUUGCUGACUGCGACGCCGAUAGCAAUGGCAGCAAUGUUGCGCUGCAAGGCCUCGAUGCGCUCUUUAGCGACAUUGAUGCUGACUACUUCAACAACGAUGCAUUUGUGUCUAUUGAUCCGCCAGAUGAUAAUGAUUAUCCUUAUGCGCUGAACGCUAACGAAGGCAUCGAUCGGCUGUUCGACUUUAGUACGGAUGCCUAUGGGCCCUAAAAGGUCCUGCUAGCUCACAAACACAAACACACACUCAAACACAUAUACACACUAAUUCAAUUGCAAAUUUAAGGUUUAUUGGGCGGGUUGCGGAUUGUGUACUAUCUAACGUGGGCUGGGGGGAAACGGGGGGUGUUUAUAAUUUAAAAUUAUAUACGAAAGCAAGCAGCGCAUAUAACAUUAGAGUUGAUC